AAUCCACUUUCACUGCCGCACAGUUUCAAUGGAGGAGCAGCAGCACCGCGCAGAGCGGGCACACAACCUCCUCAACCUCCACCUCCUCCACCAUCACCACCUUCUCCACCUCACCGCCGUAGCGCCAUGGACCGGGGGAAAUCACACGGCACUCCGAGAGACGUCUGAACAAUGCGGUUCAUCGCUACUGUGAGCUCAAGCUGCCGGAAACGCAGAAGGAGAAAACAGGUGAAAGUAAAUUAAUUGGUUUCGACCUGACUGUGAAUAAGGACGACUCAGAGUGUUUCUGAUGCUGGAGUCGGGAAUUCACUGAACGUCUGUUUAAAGCAGGGGGCUGACUCGUGGAGGCCAGAGCGAAACAAUUCCUAACUGCAAUCGUGCUCACAGUAUGGAUGGGAAUCUUCAGACCUCUGUUUUAAAACAUUACGAGGUUAAAAACAUGCACGAAAAAGAGCCAGUGUUAUCUGUGAACGGCGAGGUGGUCCUCAGUUCUGGUUACAUUACAAACGGUUACUCCAGCAAGCCCGCCGACAACGAUGGAAGUGGCUCUGAGAGCGGAUACACCACGCCUAAAAAGAGGAGAGCGAGACGCAGCAGCGUGAAAGGCACAGAAAACACCAGUCGGGAAAAGGAGAAAGCAGCGAAACCCUAUUCUAAACAGGAUACGGAAACUUCAGGCCAGGAGAUGUCCGGGAAAGCGCUGCACUCUCGACCUAAUUGCACCAGGACUUCCCUUAAACCAGAGGUGCACACAGGGGCUCGUAGGACAGGCGUUCAGGACACGAGCCCUGUGGCUGAGGCGCAGCAUAGAAACUUGGACAGCAAGACCUCUAUUAGUCUUGGUGGUAAAAAGAUUGAUGAUAGGGUCAAUAAAACCAAACUGGUCUCCUCAGUGAACUCUAAAGAGGACUCGUGGACUUUGUUCAAGCCUCCUCCUGUGUUUCCAGUGGACAACAGCAGCGCUAAGAUAGUCCCUAAAAUCAGUUAUGCAAGCAAAGUUAAGGAGAACCUCAACAAAGCGACGCAGGCCAGUGCAGAGACGACACAAACGUCUACAAAGCUCUCGCACGUUCCCAUGUCUGCUGUAAAGACUGUCACAUCCGCUAGCUUUGCUAACAUCCCUGCGUCUCUAGAUGCUAAUGGGUGUUACUCUGUGGAAGUGUCGUUCAAUUCUGCUGCUGGCGUUAACGUCACACCUUCUGCCUCCUCUAACCAGGCUGAAGAAGAAGUAGAGUCUGCCCUGGAUAACGGUUGUAGCUCGUCGUCUUGUUUGUCUGCUCCAGAGCCACGGAAAUCGAGUCUUUUUGUUUACCCGCACAAACCUUUAAAUAUGCAACCCCUUGCUGCUCAGACAAAUCAGAAAGCUCUCGGGGACAUCUUCCAGAACCAGUGGGGCCUGUCGUUUAUCAACGAGCCCAAUGCAGGCCCAGAGGGGACACCCGUUUCUCGUCUGGCCAAGCCGUUUGAAAUUUCGGACAUCACAUUUCAGGGUGGAAACGUUCCGUUCCUCAUCCAGCCAUCCCCGAACGCCGUUUCUCUCCCGGCACCUCAGGACGUGCAGAGAAGGACUAAUGGGACCGACGUGGCUGUGAAACCGUGUUCCACUUCCCGCACUGCCAGUCAGGACUGUCCACAAGCCCAGCCUGCCCAUCAGGAAGAGUGUAAAGUGGAGUGCAGGAGUUCAGAAGCUCCUCAUGAGGAUUUAGAUGCUGACUCUACGAGGAACUACGAGGGAUUGUCCACGGCACACACUGUAAAAGAGCAGGAUGGAGGGUGGGGAUGGACUGAUCUGCAAGCUGCUGUCCUUUACCACACUAAAGAAUUUGAAUAUCUUCUCACUCUUCACAAGCAAGAUCCAAAAAGGGUGACAUAUUAUGAGGAGGUCAUGGACGGACCUGAUCAUUGAGGUGCUGAGUACCAGUACUACAUCUGCUCCACCUUGGGUGCUAUAGUCAGAUCUGAUCCUGGAUGUGAAUCGUCUGGCCCAACCAACCAGACAAAACUGAUAAAGAGACAGAAGUGUGGGAUGAUGAAUGGACUUGCUAAAGCUUUGGAGUUCUGUGGGUUUGCUGUGCACACAAGACUGCUGUGAGCUGUACAGAGGCAUUGGACUACGCACAAACACUAUAGCAAAACCGUUUAAGGGGGAAGGUGUUUUGCGUGGAUCGGCUACGGGGAAGUGAUGCGACCACCCCGGAGCCUUCCAGAUACGACUACAAGCGUCACAAUCAUUUGAUUUCUUCCCACAUUGAAAUCGGUCAUGCUUGUUUGAGUUCUUCUUUUUUUAUUUAUGCAAUGCACAUAAACAGUCCAUAAGGGAAAUUUGAAUGCUUCCUGACUUUCUCACUAAGGAAAAAGAAGAGUAAUGGAUUAGUCUUAACCUUAUCUGCUUGGAAAAGCCUUAAACAGAAACUUUUUUUUUUUUCUUCCCCUCUUUGAAUUUGUGAUCCAGCAUUGCAACAAAAGCCUACUUUGAAUUUACUUUUUGCUCAGCAGGCUUGUUGUAAAACUGCUUUUUUUUAUUUUAGAUUUCUGCAGAAAGUCAUUUAGAUCUCAGUAUUAUUAAUUCCCAGCCAGUCGGAGUAGAAAAGAAGAGUGUUGUUGCUUUGAGUUGGGUUUCUCAGCGAUAUAUUACUUGAAAUACACGGCAACGCUGAGAAAAUGGAAAAGGAGCGGCCUAUGGAGUGGGGGAAAAUCAAAGCCUGUAAUGAAAGAGUUUGGAUCAGGAAAACUUGGUGGCAUCCCACACUGACCAAGCUGAACAUUUUACAGCAAAUAAAUAUAAAUGACUUUGUUACACUCGCUGCUGAGAAGCAGCUGUGGCUGGACAAGCUGUACUUGGUCUUUUCCGUUGUUCCCGGUGUAGGACUGUAACCCGAACCUUAAUAUUUCUUUGCACAUUUCUGUUGUGAGAGCUAACAUUAAGGCUGUAACCGUAAUCAGCGGAUCGUGUUAAAGCCUCACCAUCUACUGUGACAUUUCAUGAGUAAGGCCUUUCUUCAGAACUCUAUGGUACACUGUGCCGAGUUAUCACGGUCACUUUUUUAACUGUCUUGGCCACACAGACCAAAGAUCGGGCCGGAGUAUAGAUAACCAUCUCUUAGGCUUGGUUUAAAUAAGCAACCUUUCUUGUUGGUAUUCUCUCUCUCUCUCUCUCUCUCUCUCUCUCUCUCUCUUUUUUUUUUUCCCCUAACCAAGCAAAGGUGUUUGGCUCAUCAUGAGUAAUAGCACUUUAUGUACACAUACUGGUUUAAAGAUGACUACACUUAUCUGAAACAUGAGUUACUAGCUCCUGCUACGAAUGGCUUUGGGCUGUUGUGCUUUCGAGAAUAAUUAACUCUUUACUCAGGUAGAAUCGGGAAAGCCAUUACAAAGCGGAAUAAUUUUUUUCCUUUCCUUUUCACACGGUGCAUAUGGUGGAGAAUGAGCCUGGCUAGUAUCGGCACGCGUUGCUAUUCGGCAAUACUCCUACUGGUCGAUUCCAGCAGGACCCUUAUAAUAUUGGGUAGCAGUGAUCAAAAUGUAGCCACUGUGGUUUUUUUGUUUUUCUCUUAAAGGUGCAGUUUGUAAUUUUUAAACUAUUUCGAAGAGCGCUUUUUUUUUUUUUUUUUUUUAAAGGUCCGUUUGCCGAAUCUGAAUCAAAGUGAAAUUGAUAGUUUUGGGUUGUUUUCUAUUUUGUUUGGUUUUACAACGCACAUAAUUAAAUGAACCAAAAAAUUUAACUUGGGGUGUGUAGGACUGAAAACAUACUCUUUCAUUCAUCUGUCAGAAAAACAACAAAGUGCACAUAGAAAUCACGAAACUCACUCUAGCUUUGAGACGUUGCAGUAGGCGCUAAAUAAAUUACUAGAUAAUUAUAUAAAUAAAUAAUUUAAAAUGUUAUUUGUGUCAGAUCCACUGUGUUUUCGUUUUUGGUCAUCGGUCCAAAUCCCCAGAACGCAUUACAUUUCUGCAGCACUACAGCUCUGGCUCAGUUUACAAAAAAAAAAAAAAAAAACAGCGUGUUUGAUUCACUCAUUUCUCAUUGUAAUCGAACCACAUUACAGUUCACAUUGAAGCUCGUACACUAACGAGCUGCUUGUUUUGGUCUACGCUUGAGUAUGAUUGUGUUAUCUUUCUCUCCUGCCGAAAGAACUGCACGUAGGAGGAGAACACACCCUGAACCUAAACCCUGAUAAUUGUAUAAUUCUACAAAUAACAGAAGACACAACAAUAUUGCUGUGCAAUGGAUUUGGCUUGUUUAUUCAUUUUUAAGUUUCUGUUUACAUGUUUCUGGUCUGGAAAUUAAUUCCUGUUUUGGCAAAGGAAAGCUGCUCAGCUCUGAUAUGUUUCCAGCGUGUUCAGUUUGGGGGGAUUGACAGACUUGUGUUGUCUAAAAAUGACAAACUGCUCCUUUAAAACACAUUACCGCUUUAACCUGAGAGCCCGCCGUUGGAUUCUCUUGUGUACCCCGUUAUAUGCAAUUGCAGGAGUUCUCUGCAGUUCCUUUAUCGCUUUCUCUGGAUUUGAGGCUCAGUUUUUCUCUUGUACAAGGAAUGUAAACUCGCCGAGAGACGCAGGAGGUUCAGGACGCUCAUUACGAUAUUGGUUUUGUCUGUGAGCGAAACGGCGGAUUGAGUGUUUGCAUGCUUCGCUGUUGAGAUGCGAUAUUUGAUAUCGAUUUUUUUUUUUCCAGAAAAUGUAGCUCUUUUUUUUUUGUAAGUCUUGAAUAAUUAUUAAUUCAGUAAGAGUGUUUGUUAGGAGGCGUUUGACCUUUUUUUUAAAAAUUUUUAUUUUAUUUUAAUAAAUAUAAACGUUUUUCCCAUUGCAUCACCUCAUUAGUAGUGAGUAAGUUUUGAUUUCUGUCAAAUGAUCAGGAAACACGGUGACUCUUGUCCCGAGUAGUGUGAGAUCUUGUUACAAUAAGCACGUCAAUAUUUUCAGUUAAAUGUCUUAAAAUCAUGCCCCAUCAUUUAAACUACAAAAGUGUUUUGCCAUUCUUUAAAAAUAAUAAUUUAAUUGUACUAUAAAUGAAAGUUUUAUUCACACUGAUAGUCUUGUUCAAAAUGGAUUUAAAAAAUAAAAAGAUGGAAGUAAUAGAUAAAGUUCCAUUACACGAUAUUUUCAAAGCACUUAUUUCGUUUUUAUGGCUCUAUUUUAUACAAAGAUCCAGAAGUAAUGCUAUAUAUACUAUAUACAUGUGUAAGUUUAAUAUUUGAACGGCUGCAUCUAGACAUGUGCUGAAUAUCUUUUAUACAAUAUCCAAUAAUACGAUACAGAAAUGCACAAUAUUGUUAUCAUGGACAGUUGAAAAACUUGUGCGCACCCGUUGGUUGAGAGUUUCCUGCAAAUGGAAUAAUUUAUUAAUAAUGUAGUAUUAUAGAAAAGGCAUUAUUUAUUGUGUUUAAUAUUGGCGCAUGUCUAGUUGCAUCAUAGCUUUGGGAAUGAACGAGACGGAGGAUUAGCAUGGACAUGAAAGCUAAUCAAGUGUGUGUGCCGAGUUGAAGCCCUGUAUGUGUUGCCCUGAUGUGCAAUGGCAUUUCGACUCUGGAGCGUAAGAUAUGCAAGUUUCCCUCGUUGCUCUCGCUUCCUGUUGAACCGACAUACAGGUGCCUGAACAAACCAUUUUGUUAUUUAGAUGAUUUUAAUAUCUGUUUUAAUAUCUGCUUUUGUUUUUAGCGUCAUAUUUGAAUACUUGCUUCAGAAACAAUCAGUGCCAUGAUUCCAUGUCUUUCGCUGAGCAGUCCAGUCUGUGUUUUCUUUUACUUUGUAAUGUAUGGGGCUGUGAUUUUCUGAUUUUUCUUGUUCUUACCGAGCAGCCACACUUUUAGAUGUCGCUGUCUGCGAGAUGAUGUUUGAUCAUUUUAGGCUAGUGUUUGAUUAACAGUCUAAACACUAAAUCGCUAAAUCACUAAAUCCAUCUUCAAGCCUUUGGCACAGACUUUUUUAAUUACUGAAUCAAUUUUCUUAUCCGUGUCAAAUAAUUAGCUUUCAGCAGUAUGCUAAAUAAGCUCUUUUAUUUAUUUCCCAUGCAAACAAAGUAGACUUUAACUUUUAACACCUUGUUUGGGGGAAUGCACAUUUUAGAAAAUGUUUUAUGUAGCUGAACUUGUUUAAAAGAUUAUUUUUAAAGUCAUGUUGAAUUGAGUAGGUUGCUGUCGGCCGAGUUUGCUAUGUAAUGGCUGGAGGAGAUGUCUUUGUUUUUAUUUUUUAUUUUUUGGUGAGCUGUAGUUGGCAGGCACAAAAGGGACAAACGGAUUUACUUGUGGCUCAGGGGUGGAUAGAUGUUAAUUUUAUUAGCUAAUCCGCAGGCAAAGUAAAAGCUCCAGUGUCCUAGUGUCAUGUUUUGGUAGCCUGGAACUUCACUGACCAGACUAAAAAGUGGUAGCUCAUGUAAUGUAAUCUAAUGUAAUGUAAUUAAUUGUAGCUACGUACCAAAUUAAACUAUCGUAUAAGUCAAAAACUAUCCUAUAAGUAAAUAAGGAGUUUUUUCUUUCUCUGGAUGCUGAACCUGCUUUGUCUGGGCAACCGCGAAUAAAAUAAUAAUAAAAAAAAAACAAAUAGCCCGGACACAAUAUCUGCUUGUUCCAAGAUUUGUCCACCCCUGUGGCUGUUAAGCCUUUGAUUAACUACCGAUCUGUUUGUUCUGUGCUUGGAUUGGAUUUUGCCUCUUGGAUAAGUGUGUCUGUUAAACAAAUACAUGUGAAAGGCAUCAAUGGAAAAUCUUUACAGGAGACAUGGCAUUAUAACACACAGUACUGUUCAAAUAUUUGAGGCUUUUUGCAGCAUGAAGACAGACGACAUGAUAGUGAAAAGUCGAAAGGGAUGCACUGAUCCCUUUAUGAACACUUGAGAUGUAUCUCGAUACUGAAACUGAAGUUACCCGAUACCUGUAUUAAGCUAAUGGCACACUUACGAAAUAACAAUUCUGAGCUACUUGACAAACAAGCGGCAUUGUCACUGUGACUGAGACGACUCUCACCUAGCUGAUUUAGGACAUGCGUUCAAGACAUGUAUUAGCAGUAUUAGCAGUUAGAGGAUUGGAUUUAGGUUGCAAAACGUCAAACCUGAUGUGCAUCCAGCAUGUCAGAUCAGUAUCUUUCAUCUGUAUUGUAGACGUGUAUUUUAGUGCUCCAAAUAUCCAUUUUUUUAAAAUUAAUUACAAACCCUCUCACUAUGUCCCUGGAAACUUUGGCGGAAAAUGUCAGCACUGUCAGCAUGGUGUACGAAUUUCAUAUUCGCUUAUAUCCCUGCGUCCCAUGCAGAAAGCUCCAUGCAGAAGGAAUAUGCAAAGCGAAUUCCCAGUGCUCCUUUCUUGGAUUAUAUGUGAGAUGAAAAUGCUGGAUUUCUGUCCUGUUCCUUGUUUGGUUAAGGAGGUGUGAGGUGUCCAUGGCUAUAAGGGAAGUGUCUGUGUGUGUGUCUGUGUGUGUGUGUGUGUGUGUGUGUGUCUGUGUGUGUGUCUGUGUGUGUGUCUGUGUGUGUGUCUGUGUGUGUGUCUGUGUGUGUGUCUGUGUGUGUGUGUGUGUGAGAGAGGUGUGUAAAGAUGAUGCUUACUGUUCCAGUGUCAUAUCAGGUAGAUAUCCCCGUGCCACGUCACACCAACUGCCAAGUCUGACUUAACAUGUCCUCUCCAUGUCGUCUCGUUUGAUCCGUAUGCACACUGACGCCGUUGGAAUCCUUGAGGCUUUUUUGUUUUUGGUUUUUUUUGUUUGUUUGUUUUUUAAAGAGAAUUCUUGUGCUCUGUAAUUGGAAUUGUGAAACUGUCUGGAUGUGGUUAUUUCAGACAAGCAUGAGAAUGUCUUUCAGCUUCCACAACCAUGUAAAACAUUCAAAAGUGUUGUCACAAAUUUCUGUCCCCAUUAAAAUGUUGAAUUGAUUUGAA